AUGGUUCGUCAGCUGGGGCAGGAUAGCCGUCCUAGCCUACAGUCGGCCACGAGAUCACGGCCCUUCCGAAUUCUGGAUCUCUGUACAGGCACCGGGUGCAUCGCGCUUCUCCUGCACGCGCUUCUUUCUCCACACCUGGAAAGAUGUCAGAUCCUAGGCAUUGAUAUCAGCCCGAAGGCAUUAAGCCUGGCCCGAAGAAAUCUGGAUCACAACAUUCGAUCCGACUGCCUGGAUCGCCGAGCGUCUUUCGAUGUCCAGUUUCAUCAAGCGGAUGUCCUUCUGGAAACGGCCAACGGUUCGAUCCCCACUGUGGAAGAGAUUGUCUCAAACUCUUUCCCUUAUCAAUCUAUACCAGACAAACCACCUACCGAGUCUGGGUGUGACUUACUGAUCUCUAACCCGCCAUAUAUCUCCACAUCAGACUUCCGUGACGGAACCACAGCACGAAGUGUCCGACUGUUUGAGCCAAGGCUGGCUCUGAUACCACCCGCCUCGAACCAUCCGGGGCAUAAAUCAGACAGACAUGAGGAUAUAUUCUAUCGGCGGAUCCUCGCCCUGUCGCUCAAAUUAGCAGCCAAAAUUACUCUUCUCGAGUGUGGGGAUCUGCAACAGGCCCAGCGCGUGGUUCGAAUGCAUAAUCAGAUGAGGGGUAGCACCAGUGGCCUUACCGCAGAGAUUUGGCCCAGCCAGGAAGAAGACCUUGCAGCCAAUGGGUUCCACGCACACGAGGGUUCGCGAUGUGUGAUCAUUCACAACCUGGCCAGGAAAGCCGAAUGA